UGAAGUUGCCGCAUCUUCAAUCAAAUAAUAUCAAUACAAAAUGUUAAGUGUCUCGCAUUGGCACCAUUUCGGUAGACAGAAAAGAUCAAAACUUUUAAGCACCCACAUGAUUAUUAGAUGACUCAGGCUCAUCCACAACUAAGAGAACUAAUGAAAGUAAUCAGUAGAACCUGUUGGACAAAAGUGUAGCAGGUUUACAAGUUCCAAAAAGAUCCAGCGGUGCCAUCACAUGUUGAUUUAAUUAGGCCAUUGCUCUUAUCUCCUCCUAUUGUAUUCUGCCUAUAAAUACCAACUUUGAUGCUUCAGUUCCAUCACCAGUUUGAGACAUCCCCUCAUCAAAGAAAAUAACCAUAAGAGAUGGCUACCGUUUCUUCAAAACGCAAUCACGUUCGCUCAAUCAGUUUGCCUGGGAGAUCACACCCUAUCAUCCAGAGAGUUGAAGAGGAGCUAAACAAGCUCAAAUCAUUGGAAGUAUCAGUUGCACCAUCAGCUCUGAGCAAUGGUCUAAUCGGUUUAGAGAAAUCAUACAAGUGCAUAGACGAUCUUCUCAACUUGCCUCAAGCCCUCCCUCAGAGUCUAAAUGCAAAAUGGCUUGACAAUUUAUUGGAUAAAACGGUGAGGCUUCUUGAUGUUUGUGGCACAAUAAAGGAACUUGUCUCACAAUGUAAAGAAAAUGUAAGAGAUAUUCUAUCUCUCAGAAGGAGAAAAGGAGAUUCAACUAAAGAUGACAGCGUUGAAAGAUUUACCUCUUUCAGCAAGAAGAUCAAGAGGGAUGCCAAAAGAUCUGUCUCGACUUUGAAACAAUUGGAUCAGGAGACUGCAGUGCCACUCUUGCUAGAUGCAGAUCAAGAUACAAUAGCUACAAUUAGAGCACUAAGAGAAGCUAGUGCAGUAUGCAUUUCAUUUUUUCAAAUGCUGUUGUCCUUUUUGUGUGUGCCACUUUUGAAGCCUAAGCCAUCAAAAUGGUCAUUGCUUUCAAGAUUGGUACAAAAAGAAAGAAUAGCAUCUGAAUGCCAAGAAGAAAACUUGAGCUUGGAAACCUUUGAGGCUUACCUUGACAGCUUUGAAGAUGGAUUGGAGGCAACAUUUAGGCGUCUGAUUAGAUCUAGAAGCUCGUCAAUUAGUUUUCCCAGCAGACCACACAAUGAAAGAGUGGAAGAGAUUCUCAACAAGCUCAAUGCAGUGGAAGUAUCUGCUGCAUCAACAGCAGAGACUAUCUGCAGUAGUCUACUUGUUUUGGAAGACCUAUACAAAUGUGUUGAUGAUCUUCUUAACUUGCCUCACCUCUCCCAACAUGGAAAAUGGUUUGAAGAUUUAUUAGAAAAAUCCAUAAGAAUUCUUGAUUUUUGUGGCACGAUAAGGGAAUUAGUAUCACAAUGUAAGGAAAAUGUAAGAGAUGUAGAAUCCUCUGUCAGACGGAGAAAGCAAGAUUCAAACACAGAAGCCAACAUAGUCAGAUUCGCCUCUUUUAGCAAAAAGAUGAAGAAGGACGCCAAAAGAUUAGUCUUCUCCUUAAAGCAAAUGAAUGAGGAGUCUGAGAGAUUAGUGUUCCAAGAUACAGAUCCGGAAACAGAAUUUGCGAUUGGAGCAAUAAGAAAAGCCAAUACAACAUGCACUCUGAUUUUCCAAAUGCUCUUGUUUGUUCUUGUGUGUGCACUCUUGAAGCCUAAGUCAUCUAAAUGGUCACUGGUUUCAAGAUUUUUGCAUAAGGGAAUAGCAUGUGAAGUCCAAGAGCCAAACAUGAACAUGGAAACCAGGGUAGAAAUUUUUGAGUCUCAACUUGACAGCAUUGAGAAUGGAUUGGAAAGAGUAUAUAGAUUAUUUCGUCUUAAGAGAACCCUUUGUGUUUCUCCCCAUGCUAACCCCCUGAGGGUUGAUGAACAAGCGAAAACUAAAAUUAUAAUACUGCAAGUAUUAGAACUCACGUACCAUGACAGAAACUGCGUCAAGGAAAUGGCUGCUCUUUCUUCAAAACCGAAUCACGUUCGAUCAAUCAGUUUUCCUGGGAGAUCACACCCUACCACACAGAGAGUGGAAGAGGAGCUCAACAAGCUCAAAUCAUUAGAAGUACCAGCUGCACCAAAAGCAGACACUGUGUACAAUGGUCUACUCGGUUUGGAGAAAUUAUACAAGUGCAUAGAUGAUCUUCUCAACAUACCACAAACCCUCUCCAAAAAUCUAGAUGCUAAAUGGGUCGACGAUUUAUUGGACAAAUCAGUGAGGCUUCUUGAUGUUUGUGGCUAUACAAGGGAACUUGUCUCACAAUAUAAAGAAAAUGUAAGAGAUCUUCAAUCAUCUCUCAGAAGGAGAAAAGGAGAUUCAACUACAGAUGACACCGUUGAAAGAUUUACCUCUUUCGGCAAGAAGAUCAAGAGGGAUGCCAAAAGAUUAGUGUUGACUUUGAAACAAAUGGAUCAAGAGACUGCGGUACCAGUCUUGCUAGGUGCAGAUCAAGAUACAAUAGCUGCAAUUAGAGCACUAAGAGAAGCUAAUACAAUAUGCAUUUCAACUUUCCAAAUGCUCUUGUCCUUCCUGUGUGUGCCACGUUUGAAGCCUAAACAAUCAAAAUGGUCAUUGCUUUCAAGAUUGGUACACAAAGAUAGAAUAGCACCUGAAGUCCAAGAAGAAAACACGAGCUUAGAAACCAGGCUGGAAAACUUCGAGGCUUACCUUGACAGCUUUGAAAAUGCACUAGAAGCUACAUUUAGGUGCUUGAUUAGAUCUAGAAGCUCGGUCCUCAAUGUUCUUUCCUGCUAAUCUGGUAGUUGUCAUUCCA